CUCGUAACACUGCUCGCUCACGUUGAUUGUUGUUGCUGACAUCACAGCGUGUGUGGUGGUGGUUGAUGCGACGACGUGCGUCAUUCAUCAGAGCGUUGAGUGGAGUGCGUGCACUUUGGGAAGGGACAGCAACGGGCAGCGCAAGACUGGCAACCAAGACCCCUCUUCUUACUUAUCAGCAGCGUCGUGGGCAACACCAUAGCAGCAGCACGAGCAAGCCCCAGGCCGCGACGACCAACAACAGGAUGGCAACCUUCUUCAACAAGACAACCAAGGAUCUGCUACAGCAUGUGCGCGUGCAAGGCGUUGCACCUCCGCAGGAGACGGCAGAUGUGGCCACGGCGUAUGCGGAGCGCACGCUAGAGGAGCAGACGGCCAUGUUGCAGCGACAGCUUGAGCGCCUCAAGGUCCAGAACAGACUACGUUUGGCGCAGCAGCCGGGCAGCCAAGGCGCCCAGCAAGCCGCCAAUGGUGACGAAGACGAGGGCGACGAUGACGUCUCGAGUGGCGAGAACAGCGAAGAUGAUGACGAGCUCGUGCGCCAGGAGUCAGACCACCCGCCAGCACCACUCGACGACGACGACGACAACGACGACAACGACAAUGUCGGAGCAGAGACCACUGCUGCGACUGGUGACGGCAAUCUCCCGGUGCAGAAGGGCCCUGUCCUCUACUUUCAAGCAGGGAAAGAGAGCGCGAACACGUGGUGCUCCAUCUAUCGCGAUGUGCUCCCGAGCCGUGGCGUGGAUGUUGGCACGCACGUGGUUGAGGAGGAGAUCCGGUCCCUGCCGACAGCGGGUCCGUGGGCGUUCUUCAUGCUCGCUGGCGGCCACUUUGCAGGCGCCAUUGUCAACCGCGGCCAGAUCCAACACCACAAGUGCUUCCACCGCUAUGUUGUUCGCGCCAAACGCGGCACUGUGCAGUCUGUACGCGAUGCGAAAAGCGGGACGUCACAGCCCAAAUCCGCUGGAUCAAACCUUCGCCGCUACAAUGAGCAACAACUGCGGCAAGACAUCGAGGGCCUGCUCAGGGAAUGGAAGCCGUAUCUUGCAUCAUGCACGGUGAUCUUCCACCGCACAUCUGUGCACAAUCGGUCGUUCAUCUUCCAGUCCGCAAAACAGCAGAAGAAGACGGGAACAAGUGAUGAAUCGGAUCUGCUGGUGCGCAAUGACCCCCGCAUCCGCACGGUCCCGUUCCCGACACAGCGGCCCACGCUCAAGGAGAUUGCACGCGUGUAUGCGCUUCUCACUUGCAUCAACGUGCUCGAUGGGGAGCCCGCUUUCAUUCGCAAGCACCGCGAGCAGACGGAGCAGUCAAAGACAACGGGCGACGCUGCGCAGCAACAGCAACACAAAGAAGAACAGCGCAAACAGAGGGAGGAGAACGAUGCCGAGAAGAAGCAUGCCGGUGCACAGCAGUCGGCGGUUGUUGCAUCCACGCAAACGAUUCUGUACAAAGCAUGUCUCAAAGGCGACAUUGGCAAGCCCUUAACAUGA